CCGACAGCAAAAUGCUAUUGGGCCAAUAUCGCUGCACAGAUGUGCUGGGGAAUUCGUUUGGCUUCCUGGUGUCCUCACGCAGACUGUCAUGCAUGGCUACUGGCUAUUGCUGGAGGAUCUGGAUGCCGCCACCGCCGCCGACAAUCUGCGUCAGCAGGAUUCGAACGACAGGGCGGACAACACGGAGAAGUACGUGGCGCUGCCCUUUAAGCAGGUCACACUCUCAUCCAGUCCCAACUCGGGCCGCCUGGUCUCGACCCGGGAUCUGGUCAAGCUGUGCCAGCGUUCGAAUGCCCAGUUCUCGGUGACCAGCGCCGAGUGUGCCUACUUUAUGUUCCAGAAUGCCGUCGAUGUAUUCUGUUCGUAUCUGCCGCAUAGUAGGGAGAAGAUCACGCUGAUCACGAGCAUCGGCGCCAAGUUGGGCAUCAUUCGCUCCAGAUGCGAGCAUUUCGCUAAUGAAUACAAACCGGAUGUGGAUUUUGGACUGGAGAUUAUCAAGAUCGGACGUGCCAGUCUCCUGGCCAAGUCCGAGCUGCUGUCCAAUAAUGAGAAUGGGGAGCAGCUCUCAGAGCAAGACCUGAAGCGACAGAAACUAACCGAGCAGACCAGGAGGGUCAUCGGCCAGACCAGCGUCAAGCGUGCCACCUUCUCGUUUACACGUCUCGCCAGCUCCAUCUUGGAACGGAUUGCCGUCUGUGUGAGCCACUCGGAGCCCGUGCUGCUGGUGGGGGAGACAGGUGUGGGCAAGACCUCCUCCGUGCAGUAUCUGGCCGAGCGCACCGAACACAAGCUGGUCGUCGUGAACAUGAACAACCAGUCGGAUGUCUCGGAUCUCGUGGGCGGAUUCAAGCCCGUCGAACUCAACUACGUGCACUUGCUCUGCGAGACCUUCAAUGCCGAGAAGAACAUGCAGUUCCUCCGGAUCUUUGCCACGCAUUACAACAGCGGCCGGCACAGUGUCAUCAUACGCACUAUGAUCAGCCUGUGCCAUCAGGUGUUCAGGAACACGGAUCUAAAGAGCCACCAGAUGGUGCCGCGUUGGCGCACGCUUUGCGAGAAGCUACAGAAGCUGCAGACACAGCUGGACAAGAGCAUUAACAUUUCGAUUGCCUUCAUACCCGGUUCCCUGGUGAACUGCAUCAGCAAAGGCGAAUGGGUGCUGCUGGACGAGAUCAAUUUGGCAUCGGCCGAGACCCUGGAAUGCCUGUCGACCAUCCUAGAGCCAGAGGGAUCGGUUGUGCUGCUGGAGCGGGGCGAUUUCAUGCCCGUCAAGCGGUAUCCGGACUUUCGCAUCUUCGCCUGCAUGAACCCCAACACGGACAUUGGCAAGAAGGAUCUGCCCGUGGGCAUACGCAAUCGAUUUACCGAAUUCUUUGUGGACGAACUGACGACGGACGCGUACCUCAGUCUGCUGGUGAGUGACUAUUUGGCCAACACGGGCAUCCAGCGGAAGUCCGUGCACAGCAUGGUCCAGCUCUACAAGUCACUGCGUCGCCUCUCCGAGCACCAGCUGAACGAUGGCCUGUGCAAUCGUCCCGUCUACUCUUUGCGCACCCUGUGCCGCAGUCUGCGCAUCUGUGCUCGGAAUCUGUGCGGCUCCAUUGAGCGGAAUCUGUACGAGAGCUUCUGCCUGAGUUUUCUCACCCAGCUGGAUCCGGAGUCGCAUCAUGUGGUGCUGCUGCUCAUUCGGAAUGCCCUGCUGAGCAAUGCCAAGGCCGUCCUUAGCAAGCAGCUGCCCAGAUGGGGAGAGAACUAUCUACAGUUCGAGGGCUACUGGAUACAGCUGGGGGGCCUGGAGCAGCAGUCCUGCUCCCACUACAUCCUCACGGAGAGCGUCCAAAAGAAUCUGCAAGAUCUCGCGCGCAUCAUAUCGAUUGGCAAGCUGCCCAUCCUGCUCCAGGGACCCACCAGUGCCGGCAAGACUAGUCUUAUCGACUACGUGGCCCGCCGAAGUGGCAAUCGCUGUCUGCGCAUCAACAACCACGAGCAUACCGACCUUCAGGAGAACAUUGGCACCUAUGCGGCCGAUCUGGAGGGCAAGCUCACUUUCCAGGAGGGUGUCCUCGUGCAGGCCAUGCGUCAGGGUUACUGGAUCAUCUUGGACGAACUGAAUCUGGCCUCCACCGACAUUCUGGAAGCGCUCAAUCGCGUGCUGGACGACAAUCGAGAGCUUUACAUUGCCGAGACGCAGACACUAUACACGGCUACAUAG